CUCUAUAUAUACAAACCCCUAAGACAGCAAGACAACCUCUCUCUCACAUGUUCUCCACCCACACAAAAAAACAUCACCACCACCGCCACCACCACAAUGGCAACCGCAACCCGACUCGACGACUCCUCCGACUACGACAGCAGCUGCUCCUCCAUAACCCUGCCGGACUCAUCCCGGAGCUUCAUGAGCAGCCGCCGCAGCUCCAUCUCUGCCGCCAGCUCCUCCGGUGACUCCGCCUUUUCACCCCACUCCCAUAAGCCGCACAAGGCCAACCAGGCCGCCUGGGAAGCCAUGCGGCGGCUCCGCGGCCAGUCAGGCCGGGUCGGGCUCGAUCAUUUCCGGAUUAUACGGCGGGUUGGUAGCGGGGAUAUUGGGAAUGUUUAUCUCUGCCAGAUCAGGAACCCGGUUAACCCGGUUCUGGGGUCCGGGUGUCCGCCGUGCUUUUAUGCAAUGAAGGUAGUGGAUAGGGAGGCGCUCGCGGUGAGGAAGAAGUUGGUGAGGGCGGAAAUGGAGAAGGAGAUUUUGGGUAUUUUGGACCACCCGUUUUUGCCAACGCUUUACGCGGAGUUUGAAGCUUCUCAUUAUUCUUGUUUGGUUAUGGAGUUUUGCCCCGGCGGAGAUUUGCUCGCUGCUAGGCAUCGGCAGCCGUCUAAACGGUUUAGCAUUUCCUCAGCAAAGUUUUAUGCCGCAGAAACACUGUUAGCCCUAGAGUAUCUCCACAUGAUGGGCAUAGUUUACAGAGACCUAAAGCCAGAAAAUGUGCUGGUUAGGGAAGAUGGUCACAUCAUGCUUUCGGAUUUCGAUCUCUCGCUCAAAUGCGACGUCGUUCCAACGCUCGUAAGGCGGAAACCCGACCCGGCGGCCGAACCGGACGUCGGCGGCGAAAAGAUCCAAAGAUGCUCGACACCUUCUUGUGCUAUUCCCAUGCAACCUGUGCUCUCCUGCUUCUUAUCCUCCUCCAAGAGAAACAGAGGUGUGGCCACCGCAACAAUACUUGAAGAUAUUGACGAGCUCGUGGCCGAACCGGUCACCGCCCGAUCGAAGUCCUUCGUUGGGACCCACGAGUACCUGGCGCCGGAGGUGAUCUCCGGCCAGGGCCACGGCAGCGCGGUGGACUGGUGGACGCUCGGGGUGUUCCUGUACGAGCUGAUCUACGGAGUCACGCCCUUCAAGGGAGAGAACAACGAGAAGACGCUGAUGAACAUACUGAAGAAGCCGCUGAGCUUCCCGAGAAUGGGCGUGAGCACUAGCAGGGAGUACGAGGAGAUGGCCAAGGUACAAGACCUCAUAAGCAGGCUGCUUGCGAAGAAUCCGAAGAGGAGGAUUGGGAGCUCAAAGGGCUCAGUCGAGAUCAAGAAGCAUGAGUUUUUCAGAGGGGUGAAUUGGGCAUUGAUCAGGACGGUUAGGCCCCCUGAGGUCCCAAGUGAUAAUAUGGAGAAGAUUAGGGCUAGAGGUGUGGUGGUGCCUAAGUUGAGCAAGAAGGAGAGAGAUGCACCGUAUCAGAUCCCUACCCACCAUUUUGACUACUUUUAAAUUAAAUGUAGGGAAUUUGAUUUUCACACUCUACAUUUAUCCAAAUGCACUCCUUUAUAUUUUUGUUUUGUAGUGAUGUAAAAUUACAUGAUUACCCUUUUCAUGUGUGAAUGAAAAAAUGUAUGAAGGGUAGUUUUGUAAUUCUACAUGAAUAAAGACAGAAAAAUGGAGUGCACUUGGAAAAAGGGGAUGUGAAAUCAAUUUCCUAAAUGUAUAGUUUGAAGGAGUAUUAGAUUUAACAGGAAAAGCUAAUAUUAGCAUGUAUUGAUAAUUAAUUAGAGAGGUUUAAUUUGCUUUUGAUUUUCCUAGCUAUAAUUGGAUAAUGUGAGUGAGAGUUUUCAUUAGUGAUGUCACACUAUUACAUGUUCAUGAUUUUACUCCGUAAUUUAGCAGACAAAGAGAAAUGUAUGCCUCAUUUUGUAUGCA